AUGGAUGACCUCCGCCGUGCUUCGGCCCUCGUGGCCAGCAUCGACGCCGGGCUGGACGCCUCGGGCCUCCGGGACUGCGAUCGACUGAGGAGGUGCAUCUCCGCGAUCGUGCCCCUGCUGGACAAGCUGCAGACGAUGAAGCGCCCGUGGGGCGCCUCCGCCAUGCGCGCGCUGGCCCAGCUGCAGUCCGCCCUCGAGCGCACGGACGGCGUGGUGGCCGCCUGCGCACAGGCGUCCGGCGACCGCCGGGAGCUGGACUGUCAGUUCGUGGGCGCCCUGCGGCAGCUGUGGCAGCGGCAGAUCGAGAUGAACCUGGCCGUCCAGUUCCAGCACGUGCUGGACGAGGACAUUGGCAGGACGGCCAGGGGGAUAUUCGGGGAGCAGGAGAUGCAGCCUGGCGGCGUGCCCGGCCUGGUGGCCGAGAAGAUCGGCCUCAAGCCGUCCGUGGCUUGA